CCUUCUUCUUUCUUGUUUCUUUUCUGUAACCAUUUACUGCCUACCCUCAUCAAUACUAUCUCACACUUUUAUUCUGCAAUUUUACAGCAACAAAAAAAUCAUCGGAAUAAAAAGGCUUUAGGCUGGAGGCUAUAAACAAACCAACUAAAUAACAAUGCUUUAUUGGCCGAAAUUCUUAAUUACUGGAUACGCCAUCACGAAUACAGUUGAAGCCUUUAUUCCAUUGUAUCUGGUACAUCAGUUACAGUUGUCACUACUACAAACAUCAGCUUUUGUUGCUGCGCUUUAUUUCUGUAAAUGCCCGUUUUCAGGUUUCUGGGCGACGUAUCUAGAUCAUAGCCGUUCCAAACGACGAUGCUAUCCCGUCACAUUAUUUCUUUUAGCUUUGAUAGCCUCUAUUGCUUUUUUGAUUUUAUUUGUUGUUUUACCAGCGACAAGAACAACAGCAACUGUGAUGUCCGGGCAACUACAUCCUUGCCUAUUACUAAGUGUUUCGGCGAUUAUUUACGGAAUCUUUUAUCAGCCUUUGGGAAUAUUGAUAAACAGUGCCAUCAUUAAAAAAUUGGGCGAUUUUCGAGUUCUAUUUUUCGGCUAUUAUGUACGCUGGGGCCAAUCUGUUACUAUCGUUAUGACGGGAUUGAUAGGAAUAUUGAUGAAAUAUUUAUCGGCUCUUUUUGCGGAAGAAGAACAACAACAACAACAUAAAUAUAGUGUGAUGAUAUACUGCGAUGACAAUAACCAAAUGAAAGCUGUUACUCAAAUUAAAUACUUAAACAAAUUGCUAUUGAUAACAGCCAUGAUUGGCUUGCUUUGGAUUUGCAUGACAGUGUUUUUUAUUAAAGUGGAGCCAGCUACUGCCCCUGAACUGGAUAUAAGGGAAGAACAAGCACCUUUAUUAUUGAAGAAUGCACUCCAACUGACAGCUGAUCAUGUAUCCACAUCAAUAACAUCAACAGUGGCCCAGCAAUAUCCUUAUAACUCCAUAAUGGCAGCGACCAUAGGCAAUACCAGUAGUGGCGGCGGUGUUGGUGUAAUUUUUGGUAUGGGACUGUACAAACCUUAUAGUUUGUUUGCAGAACAAUUGUCCCAUAUAUCAGAAGAAGAUGCAAGUCAACUAGAUCGUGUAUGGACUAACAAUAACACACCGACAGUCGAUCAUUCACUAAGGCCUGUAGAUAGUCGUGAUAGUGCACAUUCUUACUACAGUCAGCAAAGCACCCAUACAGCUAUUUCAGGGCCUUAUAUCUAUAACACAUACUCUCGCCAAUCUGCAGCAGCUAACAGUAGCAUUUUGGACUAUGAUAGUUUUUUAGGUGCUCAGUAUAAUAAUGAAAACAACACCAACAAUAACAAUAACUACAUGUCUGGUACCACUAUUGCGCCUACGAAUGCUGUAGUGGCCUCAAAUGCAUUGGCGUUACUUCCUGCACCUACGCCCACCAUCCCAUUAGUAGCCUUUUAUAGUCUUUUCAUCUCUAGAAAACCGAAGGCUACAAGGUUAAUAGAAAGCUAUGGUCAAAGUGAAGACAGUUAUGAUAAUAUGGAAGAGCAACAAGUAGAAGUGGAUGGCAAUGAAGCUGAUGAUGAAUCAAACUACUUCUAUUGCUAUAACAAUUAUUAUCACCGCAAUUCACUGCAGCAGCAAUUACUGCAGCAGCAGUGGCAACAGCAACAGAAAGCAAAAAUAUGGCGAAUGAUUACCUUACGCCUUACACUGUUAUGUUUAGGCACCAUGUACAGUUUGCAAAAUACCUUUCUUUUCGUCUAUAUGUAUUCUCAUCUGCAAAUUGCCAUAUCCCUGAUUGCUUGCUUGAUCAUGACUCAUCUAUUUUGUGGUGAAUUGUUGGUCACAUACAUAUUUGAAAAGUAUUUUAUACACAGAUUAAACCUUAUCUGUAUCACAACAAGUGUGCAUUUCAUACUUGUCUUCUGUUCUAUUGGCUAUAUGUGUUUAACACAUGAAGUAAACCAUACUCUAGCUAUAUGUUCAUUAUUCGUAUUGCAAGCUCUUCAAGCCGCUGCUUUGCAAAUAAUAUGGUUAAGCGGAAUCGAUCAUGUGAACCUCAUUUACUAUCUGCAGUCCAACAGAAUGAAACAAAGAUCGAUUCUAUCAGCAUGCUAUAGCAGUAUUGGUCCUACAAUAGGUACUCUUUUGGCAGGUAUCAUCCUACAUUUCCAACAAGAGCAGCGGCAGCAGCAGCAACCAUUUUAUGCUGCUUCUUUUUCUUUGAAAGAUUAUACCCUUAUCUUUAAAUCUUCUAUUGCACUUAUAUCUUUAAGCUUCGUGAUAUCCUGGGGCUGGACCUUCAAUCAUGCUAAUGAUGUCGAUGAUGAGAAUAUCGGGUAUUAGUAUGCAUAUCUUUUCGUUUCCCUAGCUCUCACCCAAGUUCGUAACAGACUUCACUGUAUAUCCUAAUUCCCACAUUUGCUUUUUUUUAAAAAAAAUCAAAUCUACAAUACAUAAAUAUAUGCAUGUAUCUGUUUUAAAAAAACAAUAUUAGGGUGGACUAUUGCAAAGCCUCCUUAUCAAUGUUAAAACCAUAAUGUACUAUUUUACAUUUGAUUGAAGCUUCUGAUCUGUAUAUGAUUUUCAUAUUCUGGAAAGGAUCAACAUAUAUCCUCCGAACUAGAAGUUACCCUAUGUGUAAAGAUCCAAAGCCUCUAAAACUGCUCUCCACAAUACGUGGAGACAAAGAGGCAAAUAAUUUUUUUCUGUCAUCAGAGCAUAAACGAAGGUCUUAAAGCAGCCAUAUUUGAGCGUUUAGUUUAUCUACAAUAGAUCAAUUAAAAAAAGUUAUAGUUAAUUUACACAAAGUUCAAUUUCCGUUCA